AUAUAAGAGUAAGAAAACAAGAAGAAGGACAGAAGGGGAGACAGGACAGAGACACUAGGUAAGGAAAAAGGAUACUGGGAGAAUACAUGGAGACAAGAUAUAUCAUAUCCAGGCUGAUAACAUCUAGAGAACUUAAAGGUUCAGGAAAGAGAGCCAUCUCUCAACCAAGCCGAGAAGCGCGUGGAGGAUCGGAACUGAAGCCAAGACUCCCAAGUUACUGAAUAGACCGGGCCAGAUAAACUUGAGUCAGCACAUAACUCCUCUAGGCGUGCCAGGGCAUCCAGAGCAGUUGCCCAAGUAAUCCUCUGCAGACUCUCUGUUGACUUCCACGUACGGGGAAUAAUCUGCCUCAUGGCAUGAAUGUGGUAUUUUAGUGUGAAAUCAGUGCUUAUACAACAUCUUAGAAGUCACACAGGAGAGGAGCCAUUGUCAUGUUCAGAAUGUGGCAAAUGUUUUACCUGUCAAUCAAAAUUAAUUCUGCAUCAGAGAACUCACACUGGGGAGAAGCCAUUUCCAUGUCCUGAAUGUGGGAAGUGUUUUAGUCAGAAAUCGCACCUUUAUACACAUCAGAGAACUCACACUGGGGAGAAGCCAUUUCCAUGUCCUGAAUGUGGGAAGUGUUUUAGUAAUAAAUCAAGUCUUGUUACACAUCAGAGAACUCACACUGGGGAGAAGCCAUUUCCAUGUCCUGAAUGUGGGAAGUGUUUUAGUAAUAAAUCAAGUCUUGUUACACAUCAGAGAACUCACACAGGGGAGAAGCCAUUUAGAUGUCCAGAAUGUGGGAAGUAUUUUGGUAAUAAAGGAAUUCUUAUACAACAUCAAAAAAGUCACACAGGGGAGAAGCCAUUUUCAUGUUCACAGUGUGAAAAAUGUUUUAGUCAGAAAGCAAAUUUUGUGCUCCAUCUAAGAAAUCACUUAGGGGAGAAGCUAUUUUCAUGCUUAGAAUGUGGGAAGUGUUUUAGUCAGAAAUCGAACCUUUAUGCACAUCAGAGAACUCACACUGGGGAGAAGCCAUUUCCAUGUCCUGAAUGUGGGAAGUGUUUUAGACAGAAAUCAGCUCUUAAAUCGAACCUUUAUGCACAUCAGAGAACUCACAUUGGGGAGAAGCCAUUUCCAUGUCCUGAAUGUGGGAAGUGUUUUAGUCAGAAAUCAGCUCUUGUGGGCCAUCUAAGAAUCCACUCAGGGGAGAAGCCAUUUUCAUGUUUAGAAUGUGGGAAAUGUUUUACUAGUCAGACAAAUUGUAUUCUGCAUCAGAGAACUCACACUGGGGAGAAGCCAUUUCCAUGUCCUGAAUGUGGGAAGUGUUUUAAUAAUAAAUCACAUCUUGUUACACAUCAGAGAAUUCACACAGGGGAGAAGCCAUUUAGAUGUCCAGAAUGUGGGAAGAGUUUUAGUACAAAAUUGUGUCUUGUUAGACAUCAGAAAACUCACACAGGUGAGAAGCCAUUUUCAUGUUCAGAAUGUGGGAAAUGUUUUACCCGUCAAUCAACUUUUAUUCAGCAUCAGAGAACUCACACUGGGGUAAAGCCAUUUCCAUGUCCUGAAUGUGGGAAGUGUUUUAAUAAUAAAUCACAUCUUGUUACACAUCAGAGAACUCACACAGGGGAGAAGCCAUUUAGAUGUCCAGAAUGUGGGAAUUAUUUUGGUGAUAAAUCCGUUCUUAGACGACAUCUUAGACGUCACACAGGGGAGAAUCCAUUUUCAUGUUCAGAAUGUGGGAAGAGUUUUAGUACAAAAUUGUGUCUUGUUAGACAUCAGAGAACUCACACUGGGGAGAAGCCAUUUCCAUGUCCUGAAUGUGGGAAGUGUUUUAGUAAUAAAUCAAGUCUUGUUACACAUCAGAGAACUCACACUGGGGAGAAGCCAUUUCCAUGUCCUGAAUGUGGGAAGUGUUUUAGUAAUAAAUCAAGUCUUGUUACACAUCAGAGAACUCACACAGGGGAGAAGCCAUUUAGAUGUCCAGAAUGUGUGUCCUGUGAAGAGUUAGCUGAUCACAGUAACUCCGAUCAGGAGUGUGAGUGA